AUGGCGACCCCCGGACCUUCGGUCGCUAUCGUGGGCGGUGGAGUAGCGGGGCUGGUGUGUGCAGCGCGGCUGGGGCAGCUCGGGAUCACCCAAACCACCGUCUUCGACACGGGGAGGCACGGGCCCGGCGGCCGGUGCUCCACCAGAAAAAUCGAUGUCGGCGGAAAGACGUUCCUUUUCGACCACUCGGCCCAGUAUUUUACGGUCAGCGACGACCGCUUCGCUAAAAUCGUCUCGUUUUUGCACUCAAAAGGAGCAGUGAAGGUGUGGAAAGGGCCAAUCGGUGUGCUGAAGGGGGGUCGGUUUGAGAGGAGUUCCAACCUGCAAGCGUUUGUGGGCACAGAAAGCAUGCAAUCCGUCCCAGAAUGCCUUGCGACUUUGUCAAGAGUGGAGAGGCCCGUUUGGGUUGGCAAUGUGGUCUGGGAACCAAUGGCCAAGAAAUGGAAAGUUGACAAGUACGGUUACUUUGACUACCUUGUGAUCGCACACAACGGGAAGUGUGCGGAUCGCCUGAUGGGAAACUCCGGGGCUCCGAGGAUCCAUGAUCUUCUCCGUGUGCGCUUCACUCCGAAACUCAUCCACAAGGUCCAGCAAAUGCAGCUGUGCUCUCUGUGGGUGCUCCUGGUUGUUUUUCCCGCCAGCCUGAAGUUGUCGUUUGAAGGGGCGUUUGUGGAAGAUGCAGACAUCACAUGGGUGGCAAACAAUACUGCCAAGCUGGGACAGAGGGCGACUGGGGACAACAGCGAGUGUUGGACUAUUUUUAGCUCCCGACAGUUUGGAACUGCACACAAGGUGCCACAAGAGAACAUCCCACCAGGCAAAGCUGACGAGGUGACAAAGAGACUCCUGGCAGCCUUUGCCAGAAGUGCAGGCCUGGAUUCGAGAGCUCUCCCAACCCCAACCUUCACCAAGGUUCAGCUCUGGGGCGCAGCUGUCCCCCUGAACGUGCUAGACGGAGCCGACUGUGUGUUCCAGGCUUCGCACAAUGUGGGGAUCUGCGGGGACUGGCUGGUUAGCCCCUGUAUAGAAGGUGCUGCCGUGAGUGGACUAGCUCUUGCCGAGUCCAUCCAUCGCCAUGUUAGGGGUGAGAGGAGAGAUACAGGCCUGGGCUGUACAUUCAAACCUGUUCUCGGGCCUGCUAUAGGAUCCUUUCCUACCAACAGUAAACUGGUUUUUAACCCUGGUGGAAAGACUGGUUAAAAGAUUUUAUAUUCAGCCUGUGAAAGAUAUCCUUUU